CUCGGCUUUCACUCUGUCCGCUCCUCGACUACGAACACUCGUCCAUCCUCCCUUCUCCGUCAAGGACCCACUCACCGGUUGCCCAUCGCCAAACUAUGUUCGGCGAAGACGAAGAUGUCUUUGAUAGCGUCACCUGGGAUUCACCCUCCGCCCCUCACGAGGCUGACCGUCAUAACGCAGCCCCUACAGGCCCCGGCUUCAGACAGAGCAUGGAUGAGGGACAAGAUCCACAUCAGCCCAAGUGGGAAGGAUAUCUCAUAACCUCCGUUAGAGAUCCAGUCAAGGAAUUGCCAGAGACCAAGGAUGCCUAUGUCUCCUACCUUGUAUCUGCCAAGACCAAUCUCUCGAUGUUCUCUACUUCAACCACGUCAUCUCGAAGGCGAUUUCAAGACUUUGUUUUUCUGAGAGAACAUCUGGUAAAGGAUUUCCCGGCAUGCGUUGUCCCAGCACUUCCAGACAAGCACAGACUCGAGUAUUUAACUGGAGAUAGGUUCAGUCCCGAGUUUAUGGAACGCCGUAGAUUAGACCUCCACCGAUUCCUGCAGCGGAUAUCUAGGCAUCCUACACUCCAGAGGAGUACCCUGCUACGAGCAUUCUUUGAGUCGACGGAAUGGCAUGUGUUCAUGCAUCAACAUCUUGCUCAUCCUCCUGGACCAGAACCUACCCCUGGAUUGAUUGACAACCUAUCAGACACGCUUUUGAACGCGUUUGCACGCGUACGGAAACCUGACGAGCGCUUCCUUGACAUGCGCGAAGGCGUUGACAAGUUUGAAGACAGCCUUGUCCUGUGCGAGCGACUGUGGAAUAGGAUACGCAAUCAUAACAAUGAUGGGAAUCCGGAAUCUGGAGAAGACUUGACUGCGGAUUACCAUGAUCUCGCAGUUGCUGUACAAGGACUUGGCUUCUUGGAGUCAGGUAUCACCGACCCACUUAAUCACUUCUCAAAUACCCUACUGGAGUUUUCGGCACUUUUACGUCAUAAGACGCACACGAUAAACGACCCAUUCUUGGUUCAUCUUCACUCUUUGCUUACCUACUCCCAUGCAAAUCGAGCAGUCCUCAAGCUGCGGGAUCAGAAGCAACUUGAUUUCGAGGAACUGUCGGACUACCUAUCCGGAGUGACGGUUGAACGUGAUCGUCUGUCUGCAGUUAUCAGCGGGCACGCGGGUAGCUCAGGACUGGGACUCAGUGCAUACCUCAAGGACAAGGUCGAUGCUAUACGCGGGGCCGAUGAUGAUCGGAGUCGCGUUGAGAAGAUGCGAAAACUUGAUGUCAGGAUCAAGGAGCUGCAAGAAGCGGUGACGACUGCUCACGAAACCUCCGAUGCAUUCAGCGACGAAACACUCCGGGAGCAAACCGUUUUCCAGUUUGCUAAGGAGGCAGAGAUGAAGGAGAUGUUAUCGAACCUUGCUGACGGAGAAAUCGAGUUCUACCAAUCGGCAAUGGAAGAAUGGGACCGCAUCAUACCCAUAAUCCAACGGAUACGCGUGGACGUUUGAAAGCGCACAUCGACUUGCACAUUGGGACAAUCUUUCACUUCUGUAUUUACGGUUUACGCGGUUUAUGCUGUAUUCUUGUUCUUGUUCGACGUUUUACGCUCAUUCCGUAGUCAUGUCAUGCGACUAAUAAUUAUCAUGUAACAACCGUGGUGAUUGUAUUAUACUGCCUUUUGCUUGCCCUUCUUUUUGAGGUCAACCUUCUCUUUUGUCUUCAACUUCUCUGUCGAUUCUUGUACGGCAAGGGAAAGAUUGAUUAUACCAGUAUCAACCGCUCGCAGCAUAUGGACCUCCGCAUCAUCACUUGCACCAGCGGUCGUAUGCGACUUAUCAGUUGGUAGCCACGGAGGAGGGUUGCUGCCUUGCUUUGCCGUAGGAGCUUUGUUGUCCUUAAGCUCAAGCACUAUUGCAAAUGUGGCAUCAUCCUGUAACUUUAGCAAGCCUAGUUGGGACUCAAGCAUGGCUAGCUUGAUGAGGAACGAACGAAAGUACUGGCCAAGCGUCUGGGCAGACAUUGCAUCUUCGACGCUUGUGUUCUUAUUAUACGACUCGACUUCAAUCAUCGUCCGUAUGGAGAAUAUGAACCGUUCAAGAGGAAUAUCGCCUGCGUCUUUCACAACCAUGACGACUUUGUCCACAGAUCCCAGUACGAGCUCAUCCUUCACUGCCUUGAUGGCCCCUGAGAUGUACUCAUUCAACGCUGGGUGCCGAGAUUGGUAGACGGGAGUGUCAUACUUCUUCCGUCGCACAAAGAGGUCUGCGGGGUAGACUUGACGGACGUAAAGGAUGGUAUGUAUGGCAACCUCAAUGAAUUCUGUUAUGCCGUUAACCGUCUGGUUGAAAGUCAAAGCAGAACCUUCGGGAGCUAUUGAC